UGCUACGAGAGCCUAUGAAGCAUGAACAAAGGAUUUGCCCUAACCCAAACCACAAAAUUACAAAUGGCAGUUGUAAUACUCACCCAGGAGAUAAGGAUUUUAAGUGGGGAAACACAGAAAUAUCUUCAUCCCUUAGAACCCCGCCAAUCGAUUGUUAUCCCUCUUCCACCGGUAAGUCUCCUACCUUCCGACUCUUCUCUUUCGGACUUUACAAUUCUGCUCAGCUUUCUCUUACAUGGCUGUCAUUACACUUUGCUCCUCCACAAUUUACUGUAUAAAUCCCCACUACACUACCCAUACCGCUAGUGAUACUUCAACAAGUUAUACUUUAUCGCUAAAGCACUCGAAAUGCUUCACAUUUUCAAAGAAUUCGAGUGCCUCAUCAGGGUCGAUGGUAGAGUGGAAGAAGCACAGGAGAAAGUUUGUGGGUAUUUGUGGGUGUGUGAUUAGAAGUUCAUUGGAUGCUGACAAUUUGGUGGAAAUUAGGGACAGCAACAUGUCUGAUGAGGAAAUUACUAGGGUUCUUAAGUCAUUUUCAGACCCAAAUGAAGCUCUCUCUUUCUUUAAAUCAGCUUCCGAGCUUCCUAAUCUUGUUCAUAACACGGAUUCCUGUAACUAUAUGCUUGAAUUGCUGAGGGUGAAUAGGAGAAUCGGGGAUAUGGCUGUUGUGUUCGAUGUGAUGCAGAAACAGAUCAUUUACAGGAAUUUAGGUACUUACAUGAUUAUCUUUAAAGCGCUCGGAGUUAAAGGUGGGAUACGACAAGCUCCAUUUGCACUUUUCCAAAUGAGCAAAUGUGGGUUUGUUUUGAAUGCGUAUUCGUAUAACGGCCUGAUUGAUUUGCUUUUAAAAUCUGGAUUCUGUAAAGAGGCUUUCGAGGUUUACAAAAGAAUGUUAUCCGAAAAGAUUAAACCAAGUCUCAAGACUUACUCUGCACUAAUGGUGGCAUUGGGUAAACGAAGGGACACUGGAAAAGUUAUGGGGUUAUUAAAAGACAUGGAAGCGUUAGGUCUCAAACCAAACGUUUACACUUUCACCAUAUGCAUCAGGGUUCUGGGUAGAGCAGGAAAGAUCGAUCAAGCUUUUGAAGUUUUCAAAAGAAUGGAUAUGGAAGGUUGUGGGCCCGAUGUUGUCACUUACACUGUUCUAAUUGAUGCUCUUUGCAAUGCUGGAAGACUCAAUUGGGCUAAAGAAAUGUUUCAAAAGAUGAAAUCCAGUAGUCAUAAACCUGAUCGUGUAACUUACAUCACUUUGUUAGAUAAAUUCGGUGAUUCUGGCGACUUGGAUUCCGUUCAGUCAUUCUGGAUGGAGAUGGAAUCUGAUGGUUAUUUAGCAGAUGUUGUCACUUUCACGAUUUACAUUGAUGCAUUAUGCAAAGUCGGAAAGAUCAAUGAAGCAUUUGCGACAUUAAACCUCAUGAAAAGUAAAGGGAUUUCACCAAAUCUGCAAACAUACAACACCCUAAUUCGUGGGCUUUUGAGAGAUGACAGAUUAGAUGAAGCAUUAGAGUUGUUUUCUAGCCUUGUUUCUUUAGGUGUUGAGCCUACUGCUUACACGUACAUACUUUUUAUCGAUUAUUACGGGAAAUCUGGAGAACCCGAUAAAGCUCUUGAAACUUUUGAGAAGAUGAAGAUUCGAGGGGUUGUUCCGAAUCUUGUUGCUUGUAAUGCAUCUUUAUACAGUCUUGCAGAGGUUGGGAGGAUUGGGGAGGCUAAAAAGAUGUUUUAUGAGCUUAAAAAGAGUGGUCUUGCACCAGAUUCUGUCACUUAUAAUAUGAUGAUGAAGUGUUUUAGUAGAGCUGGGAAGAUCGAUGAAGCGAUUCGGUUGCUUUACGAGAUGAUGGAAUCGGGAUGUGAUCCCGAUGUCAUUGUCAUUAAUUCUUUGAUUGAUAAUCUUUAUAAGUCUGGGAGGCCGGAUGAAGCUUGGGAUUUGUUUAAAAGAAUGAAAGAGAUGAAUCUUUCACCCACUGUUGUGACCUACAACACUUUGUUGUCGGGAUUGAGGAAAGAAGGUAAAGUUGUUGAAGCUAUUCAGUUGUUUGAAAGCAUGAAGGAGAUGAAUUAUUUGGCUCCAAACACGAUUACUUUCAAUACACUUCUUGAUUGUGUGAUCAAGAACGAUGAGGUUGAUUUGGCAAUCAAGUUUUUGUUUGAAAUGAGUCACGGGAAUUGUCGGCCGGAUGUUUUUACUUAUAAUACAAUAAUUUACGGAUUAAUUAAAGAAAACCGUGUUCUUGAUGCGAUAUAUUUCUUCCAUCAAAUGAAGAAAACCCUCAAUCCCGACUGUGUAACUCUAUGCACGAUCCUCCCGAGCAUCGUGAAGUCGGGAAAGAUCGAUUCCGGUUUAAAAAUCGUCAACGAGUUUAUUCAUCGUGUCGGGAAUAGACCUGAGAGGGUUUUCUGGAAAGAUCUCAUCGAGGGAAUCACAAAUGAGGCUGGAAUUGGUGAUUCCGUCCGUUUUGUGGAAAGAUUGAUAUCUAACGGAACUUGUGUCAAUGAUUCGGUAAUGAUUCCUGUUAUCAAAACUCUCUGUAAACAGAAGAAAACCCUUGAAGCUUAUGAACUGUUUGUAAAGGUCACGAAAGAUUACGGGAUUCAACCAACACUGGAAUCAUACUUUCCGAUGAUCGACGGUCUUAUCGAUGACAAUCUUUACGAAAAGGGCCGUGAUUUGUUCAACGGAAUGAAGGAUUCCGGAUGUGUUCCGGAUGUCUUCACGUAUAAUUUACUGUUGGCCGAGCUUUCAAAGUCCGGGAGAGCAAACGAGCUGUUCGAUUUGUAUAACGAGAUGAUAUGCCGGGGGUGUAAGCCUAACACGAUCACUCAUAAUAUUCUAAUUACGGGUCUCGUGAAGUCAAACAGCUUAAAAAGGGCGAUGGAUUUGUAUUAUGAUCUCAUAAGUGGGGGGUUUUCGCCUACUCCUUGCACUUGUGGUCCUCUAAUCGACGGUCUUUUAAAACAGGGGAAAUUCCAAGAAUCCAAAGAUUUCUUUAACGAAAUGGUGGAAUACGGAUGCAAACCCAACUCUGCGAUUUACAACAUCUUAAUGAACGGAUUCGGGAAGGCCGGAAUGGUGGAUUCCGCUUGUGAGUUAUUCGAUAAAAUGGUGAAAGAAGGGAUACGGCCGGAUUUAAAGUCGUACACCAUUCUUGUGGACUGUUUGUGUCUGGUUGGGCGGGUGGAGGAGGCGUUUGGGUAUUUCAAGCGAAUGAAGGAAACGGGUCUUGACCCGGAUGUGAUUUCGUACAAUUUGAUGAUAAAUGGGCUUGGAAUGGCCCGCAGAAUUGAUGAUGGGUUGGGUCUUUUUGAUGAGAUGCGGGCCCGCGGGGUGUCCCCGAACUUGUAUACUUAUAAUGUGUUGAUUCUUAACCUUGGAAUUGUUGGAAGGAUAGAGGAAGUGGGAAGGAUGUAUAAGGAGCUUCAGGUUAUGGGUUUGGAGCCGAAUGUGUUUACUUAUAAUGCUUUGAUUCGAGGGUAUAGUGUCUCCGGAAAUCCCGGCCGUGCAUACGCCAUUUAUGAGAAGAUGAUGGUUGGGGGUUGUAGCCCCAACACAGGGACAUUUGCUCAGCUUCCUAAUCAGUCUUGAAUUCAUAGGAGUUGGUUAUUAACAGAGGUGGAUAUCUGGAUCACUGAAGGGUGUUGAUCCUGUACAUGUUAUGUUAGUCAAGCAGAAGGUGGUUGUGGAGAAAAAAAUAAUGCCAUGUUAAUAGAGCAAAGAUACACAGUUUCAUAUGUGAAUAUCAUAUAAUCCUAAGUUUUAGGCUCACAAUUCGAUAUAUAUUGUAACAUGUACAUGGUAUGUUCUCUAUUCUUAGGCUCCGUUUGGUUGGAAGGAAUGGAAUGAACAAGGUAAUUAAAUGAAUCAUUACACUA